AUGGAAAAAUAUCAAGAUAUACUCAAUGAAUACUACAAUUUUAUUCCAAAGAUCGAUCAAAUAGUAUCAUCUAAUAUUGAAAAUGUCGAAGAGGAUCUCUUUUUUUCAUUUAGAUACUCAUUAUAUUAUCAUAACAUAGAAAAAUUCCGUUUUAUUGGCGAAGUUACAGGUCUAAUGUUCAAGAGAUGGAAUUUGGCUUGCUAUUGUUUUGAGGAAUACAUACAAAUGUUUCAUCCAAAAAGAGAAACUGUUCAAAAAGAUUUUGAGUUAAUCAAAAAAUUGGGAAAUGAAAUUCUCAACUACUAUCCGCACUACUUAAAAGAUAUUCAACGAAUUUCAGAUCUCAAAAAUUUUGUCAUGAGAAAACAGAAAUCUCAAACAUUGUGGGAAAAAGUAUUUGGAUAUAAGAUUCCAGAUGAGAUCCUUAAUGAUAAAAAAUUAACAGAAGAAUGUUAUCCUGCACCAGAUAAUAGAGUUAUUGAAGCUACUAAUUAUGUGUUAAUGCGAAUAGAUCAAGUGAAUCCGAGGCCAAGGGGAAUAAUAGUAUGUGAUAAUUCAAGAUCCAAAGAAAAAAAUCAAAACAAACAAAGCCUAAAGCCCGAGCCCAAAAUGAAUAAUGUUCAGAUCGAAACAUACAUUUAUCAUGACCACAAUCCAAUAAAAAGAUUAUAUCAACCAUUAAAUCCAGAUUAUGUUAAUUGA